AUGGCGGAGGACGAGGCGAAGCAAGAGGGUUCAAGCCGCAUGGCGCAGCUGCCACUACCCGUGACUGUUGAGCAGCCAGGGACUCUGAUAAUGCUUCUUCAGUCACCUGAGCAGCCCGUCACACUCUCUGCAGCAAAAGCCUUGUACCAGUUUGCUAAAGAUGGUGGCGAGGGGAAUGAGCCAGAGAUCAUCAUGCACUUGCGAGGGGCUCUCGGUGAUGGCGGUGGAAUUCCUGUUGUAAUCAAGCUCCUCACCAAGGAAGCAUGGUGUGGCGCGGACUUCGAAGUUCAGGCUGUAUGCUUGAAUAUUCUAUCUCGGUGUGCAGGCGAAGCGGUUGCAGAUGGGAGACUCAUCCUAAGGAAAAGAAAUGGGGAGUCGUGUCAGGCGGACAAAAACGGAGAAGAAAAAUGUCGUUUGAAGACUGUAGAGCUUGGUGGUCUGAAACCGAUGGUGGAGCAUCUCAAGUCAGAAGAACUGGAUGUCGCUGGGAAAGCAGCUUACUGCAUAGCUUGCCACGCCCUGGACUCUCCUGUUCGUCUUGGCAUCCACAUUCUUGGAGGAGUGGCGCUUCUUCUACAGCUCAUGUCGAACAAGAAUGCAGAUGACGGGGUUGUGAAUCAAGCUGCACUGGCUCUGUCAACAGUGCUGCAGCAUGUUGAGGCCAAGGAUGAGUUGUACAGAUUGAAGGGGAUGAAGGUGUUGAUCGACCAAGGGCUGAUGAGCGACAGCGUUGAUGUUCAGGAAAAUGCUGCGCGAGCAUUGGCGUAUGCUAUCGAACAAGAAGGAAAUCUCAAAGACCUUCGUCGGCUGGAAGGGAUCGACAAGCUGAUCGAGAUGUUAGCUGCUCUUCCGGACACGGAUCGGGUGCCCAACGACAAAGUUCGUCAGUCUGUGUCGUUUGCGUUGAGCUUGAGCGCCUUCGACUCGGAGUGCCGCACAGAGAUCAGGAUGAAAGAGGGGCUGCGGGCCUUGAGCAACUGCCUUGCCUCUGAAGAAGCUCGUGUGCAGGAAGAAGCGCUGAUGGCACUUGCCAACUGCGCGUUCGACAUCCCUUGCAAGCAGACGAUUGGUGCUCUUGGUGGAAUGAAGAAUGGGAUUGGCCUGCUCUCGAAUGGGGAACUUUCUGUUGUUGCAAAUGCCUGUGUUGCGCUGUCUCGACUUGUAUUUGAUUUCAUGUCUGGCCUGGACUUUGUGGAAGAAGGCGGAGUUGGGCAGCUUGCCAGCGUUCUCAGCAACUACUGCAAACUUUACGAUCAAUUUGUCGAGUCGAAGCAAAAGCACGUGGAGGAUCUGAGUAAGGAAGAUCUCGACCAGGAGGCAAAAAAAGCUGCACAAGAUGCGCUAGAAAAGUUGGAGAUUCCAGAUCUACGACUGGGACGAGCCAUCCUUGAAAACUGUAAGAGUUGUGCAGAACAAGGAAACGUCAGGGAGGAGAUGAGGAAAGAAGAAAACUUUUUCGGCAACAUGUUUCGGAUGAUCAAGCAUGAAGAUGAAAUCGUGAGCGGGAUGGCAUGUCAGGCUCUUGCGAACGCAGCGUUCGACGUUGAGGGUAGACCGAUGCUGCUGGAGAUGAACGCGAUACCGGAGUUUGUAAAAUGCCUGACUUACAAGGAUGUCGAUACUCAGCUUUCCGCUGCUCGAGCGAUCGGCAACUUCGCCAUGGACUCUUAUGGACGGCAGAAGCUGUUCGAGAGCAAGGCCAUGGCACCUCUGGUCGCGCAGCUCGAGGCAAAGGAUGAGAACGGCAAAGAUGCGAUCGAGCCACGACGUGCUGCCAUCCUCGCCAUCGGAAAAUGUGCUUCUGAUCGCUCGUCUGCUGUCGAGUUGUGCGACAUCGGCGCCCUUAGCAAGCUGCUGUCGCUCAUGGACACUCACUGGAAGCAGCUUGGACAGGCAGCUGAAGAUGCGGUGGAGCGGCUGCUGCAGAAAAGUCAAUCAGCGAAGCUGUGGCUGCGAGGAGAAGUCGACUUCGAGGAUCGCACGAGUGACGGAUGGUUCGACAUGGGCGUCGGCCGACCCUACACGUCCCUUACGGACCUGCAGAAAGAGACGAUUAACACCAACAGAGAAGUUCUGCUUGCCGACGCCUCUCAGGACAACCGGCUGAAGCAGCUGGUGGAGGAGGUGAAGGGUGAAUGUGCCUCCCUCGGCCUCACGCAGAUUAUCCUCGACAAGCGAGACAUUGCGAGCACAGACAUCAAGAAGAAGUGUGUGGUCAAGAUCGCUGAGAUCCUUUCGCAGCGCCUCGGCGGCAGCAUCCUCUACGACAAGUACAUGGACUUCGGCUACUCCACGGAGAUUCAGAGGUGCAAGCAGCUCCGCAAGUCCAACGUGGUGUGGGUGGGCGAUCUGAAGAAGGCAGGCUGCCGCCAUCGCGCCUUCCUCUUCAAGUACCUCUGCGACCUGGUCCUCCCCUACCUCUGCAGACUCGAACGCACCAAGAUCGAGCGCGGGGCGCAUGUCGGACAUGCCUGGAAUGUCGUCAAGUUUUUUGGAGAUGUGGAUCAGGAGGGUCAGCAGAAGACCUACACGGUGGAUCUCAUGCACAAUGUGGGCUCGCUGUACGAGAACGGGACAGACUUCAACCCAGCAGACGAGUGGGCGGCGAAGUAUCAGAGGAAGGAUGUGUAUCACUUCAUUUCGCUGGGAUGAAGUUGAAUCAUGGUUUCCUUGUCUUCAGCUCUCGUUCCCUCAUCGCCUUGAAGAGCUUAUUUGUUUAUUUGAUGGAACUGUUUAUCGUUACAAUACAUCAGGCAUGACUGGGAGG